UUCAAAAAGGCGGGAAACCAAAAUUCAGUAGCAGAGAGAGAAAGAGAGAGAGAGAGAUGGAAGGAGGGAGCUCAAGCAGCGAAUUGCAGAGCAUAGAAGACGCCAUUAGAUCCUCGGACGUAGUGGAGAAUCGUAUUGAACUACUGGGGAAGCUUGGUGAGUUGAACAUUACAGAGAAAUCUGAAUUGGCAUCCCUUGCGAAAUGUCUCACAACAUUUUGGGAGGAGUAUACUUGCUUGGAUGUAAGCCAGUGCAUGUUAAACAAGGCUAUAUUACAUGUGGCUGUAAAACACCUAGAAUCUGACAUAUCCAACGCUCUAGCACAUUUCCUUGCCCUUGGGACCAAGGCUAACAUAUGGUGUGGUAAACACCUAAAAAUGACUCUUAUGUCGAGUGUGGAGUCUCAAGAGGAAGAGCACGACAAUCUGUUCUUUGAGCUGCUUCUGGAUCUUCUGAGCUUCUCUGGUGUUAGUUUCUCAGCUUUGGCAAGAUUUCCUGUUUCUACCAACAAGCUGUCAAUGGAUAUUGUUGAGAAAUUCUUAGUGGAACAGUUAAACUUGAUCAAAGAUUCAAUAUCAGAGAUUAAGAGAAUUGAGCCAUUUGAAUCUGUAGGAAAGGUCAUGUUGGAGGUCAUUGAUGCUGUAAUAAGACUAUGUGGAGCAUAUGCUCGAGCUGUAAAUUGGGAGUCUUGGGAAGAAAAGCUUGAGAGGGACAAAACUGGAACGCAUUUUGAAGGGGUCAGUAAUAUGAAUCACGUUAUUACUGUAAUAAAGUAUACAAUAGAAAAAUUGUGUGAGAUAGGCGUUGUUGCUGCUAAUAAUGGAGGCAGUCUGGUAAAGGUUCUCAAUUUUACAUGGAAAGGUGUAGUCAGUCUACUUCAGCUUGGUGAGGGGGUAUUCGCAACAAAGGUGAAUGUAGCUGAUAUAGUUUCAAAUCUAAUCUCACUGGUCAAUGAAUCUUUAAAAUGCGCAGCUGAGGCUUGGUCAUCGUCUUUGAAUGAUGCCAUUUCAGUGACAGAAGCUAGGAAGACAUUUCUUCCAAUAAAGUUUUAUCUGAUUAAUGCAAUAAAAAUAUCUACCCUGUAUCCGUGUCAAGCAUAUCUGGUACAAAGGGAGAUAACAAAUUGCAUCCUGAUGAUCUCAACCUUCAAAAUUUCAUUGAGCAAUGAAAAACUGUUAAAAACCGCCGCUGAAGUUUUCGUAGAACUCUUGGAGAAAGCAUCCUUGGAUUUACUAUUUUCGUUACUGAAUUCAUCUCAAGUGAAGCAGGAGUUCAAGGUUGAGAUUCUAGAUUCUCUGUUCGGUAAAGGAAGCUACACAGAUACUAGCUCUGGAGAUAUGAGUAAAUUUAAUAAGAUAAGUUCGUUGGAUGAAAUUAUUUCUUUAUUUGGGGAAGCAUUGCCUGGAGAAAGAGCCUUGUUGCUUGGUCGUGUUUCGUUAUUUCUUAGUUUGUUGAAAUUUUCUGUUGAUCUUGAAGAAGAUGUAAAACUUGGGAUUACUAGAAAGCUUGGUUGGUUCUUGGAUAUAUUAAUUGAUGAAGAGGUAUAUUCUUCCAUUUUGCUUUUGCAAGUUCCCGUGUUAUAUGGUUCUGGAGAAACUGUGGUAGUUGCCUGGCAGCCUAUGUUUUCUUCACUUUUGAAUGCAUUGGAAAUCUUCAUGCUUGUGGUCUCUUCGACUCCUGUUUGGAGGGAGUUGGAGGCUUUCCUUCUUGAGAAUAUAUUUCAUCCUCACUUCCUUUGCUGGGAGGUUGUGAUGGAACUUUGGUGCUUUAUGCUGCGGUAUGCUGAGCCAGGGACGGUGAGUGGCAUUAUUGGUAAACUCUGCUCAUUACUGAAGUUAGUGGCAUCUUCUGAAUCAGUUCUUGUACCUGGUUCUGCUCUGCGAAAAUUGGCAAGAUCAAUCAGCAUGCUUCUUACUUUUGGCUCACCAUCUAUCGUAGACCAGGUUUACAUGUCCAUUGUUAGUGAUGAGGGAAUUCAGUCGUCAUCAGUUAUACGUCUAGCCUUAUUCAUGGAAGGAUUUCCACUGAAUUUACUCUCUGACAAGUUGAAAAGUAUUGCAACUCAAAGAAUCCUUACUGAUUACUAUGUCUUCAUUGAAAAUUUUGAUGACAAAUCUAUGAGAUCUUCUGGUUCCGGUGUUUUUGGCGUCCCAGUGUUUGCUUUGUCUGCUUCAUUGGAGUCUCUCCGGAUCAGUAUAUCCGAUAUCGAUGUGAAGACUCUGAAGCUUUUAGUUUCUAUCAUUCAUAACUACAUAGUGUCUUCAGACAAACUAAUGAAGGACCACUACCGUAAGCUUUUGAGUGAAACAUUGGUAAUCAUCUCAAAAAUGAAGCACCUAUAUGCAUCUGACGAAAUGGAGAAAGUAAUCUUUGAGCUCAAAAACCUGUUUAUCUCAGGAUCUGGUGCAGCUUCUGAUACACAAUUGUAUGAAUGCAAACCAAAUCUGGCUCUUUUCAUGGCAGGCCUUGCUCAUAUGGAAAUCAAUGAAACUAAUGAAAGUGCAAAGAUCUCUACUCUCUGGGAGUUGUAUCACAUGUUGUUGAGUGAACGGCAUUGGGCAUUUAUUCACUUGGCUAUUACAGCAUUUGGAUACUUUUCUGCUCGGACUGGUUGCAAUGAGCUUUGGAGAUUUGUGCCGGAGACUGCAGCGCUUUCAUAUGAUUUAGAAUCUGGAAAUGAGGCAACUGUGGAGAGAUUCAUGUCUGAGUUUAAGAUAUAUCUCGAGAAGGAAACAGCGCUUCUUACAACGACACCUUGUUCUGACCAGCUUGGUCUGCUUGCGAGGGAGGGUCUAACUCUGAAAGAAAUGUUUCAGAAGAUUUCAGAUACCAUUGUGGAUACUUCAGAACGUGACAACAUGGAAAUCGACUGUGAAAAGCAAACGGAGAUCAAUGGCGGGAAGCAAACCAAUAAGAAAAGGAAACUUCCGGAUGGAAUUAGGAAGGGAAUGGAAUUGCUAGGGAGUGGUAUGAAGGUUAUUGUUGAUGGUCUGUCCCAGUGGCAGCAAACGCAAUUUUGCUCCAAUGAACUUCACGACAAGUUCUUGACGAGCUUUUCUCGCCUUGAAGAUGAAAUUUCUCAACUAGUUGGCCUGGCUGGUAGUGAUUAGGUUGCAUUUUCAAUUUCGGGUUAAUGGCCGAUUUCCGUGUGACUAUUUUAAUGAUGUGGGUUGAAUACGAACCUGAAUGUGAAUGUUCAUUGUCAAGCCGCAGGUAAAGGAGUCGAACCUGGUGGUUUAACUCAAACCGUUGUGCAUUGUGUUACAGCGGAUGGAACUGAACGCUAAGGGAUAGAAUCUACACAAAUUAUAGUGCUACAAAUUUCAGCAUCCUCCAUCUUUCCACUGUUUACCCUUCUUCGAAGCUAAUAUGUGUGAAGUUGAA